AUAAUAGUCAGUGUUAUUAUUAUUUAUUCAUCUACUAGGCUCUUUGUACAAAAACCAUGAACUACAACUGACUACAACGACGUGAUAAGUUCAUGUAAAACACUAGAUAAAAUAUGAUAAUGUCCAUCAACAUUUAAUAAUAUGUGAAUUUUGCGAUUAAGUCUCGACUAUACAUUUAUACUGUUGUUGCCAUUACCAUAAAAGAAAUGGUAGUUAAUACUUAAUAUCGUGUACGGGAUUUGAGAACACGGAAUGUUAACUAUCAUUAUCUAAUUUGUUUUAAAAACAUUUAAAUAUUAUACAUUAUCAUGUAAUCGAGUCAACACCAUACCUAUUUAGUUUGUGUACUGUUAUAGAAUAACUUUUUGAGAUCUUACAACUAACUCUUACGCAUUUAAUAAUACCUAGGUAUACCAUCUUGCAUUUGUGCAUCCAAAUAUUAAUUAUUUUAGAAUCCAGUUAUUGAAUAAGAAAAAUGGAAGUUAUUGGUGAUUAUGAAUACAACAGUGCCAAUCGCUUGGGACUUGGAGCUUUUGCUAUUGUCUUCAAGGGACGCUCUAGGAAAAAACCUGAUAUGGACGUAGCUGUUAAAACAAUAAUGAAGAAAAAUAUACCAAAAACUCAAAGCCUAUUAAAGAAAGAAAUAGAUAUUCUAAGGAAAUUAACAGUUCUUCAACACGAUAAUGUUGUACAUCUUCUAGAAUGCCUGGAUACUGAUGAAGCAUUUCAUUUGGUUAUGGAAUAUUGCAAUGGCGGGGAUUUACAGGAUUAUUUAAAUGUUAAAGGAUGCUUAAGUGAAGACACAAUACAAGUAUUUUUAAGACAACUUGCUGGAGCAAUGUAUGAAUUUAAUAAACAAGGAAUACUUCAUAGAGACUUAAAGCCUCAAAACAUCCUAUUGAAGUUUUCUGGAGAAACCCGUUAUCCAGAGCCUAAUCAAAUCACUCUUAAAAUUGCUGAUUUUGGGUUUGCUCGAUGCUUGGAUGAAGGAGUAAUGGCAGCUACAAUGUGUGGUUCUCCUAUGUACAUGGCUCCUGAAGUAAUUAUGUCACUACAGUAUGAUGCUAAGGCGGAUUUGUGGAGCUUAGGUACAAUCAUAUUUCAAUGCUUAGCUGGUAAAGCUCCAUUCUUCGCAAAUUCACCUGCAGGAUUGAAACAAAUUUAUGAAAAAACUAGCAAUUUAAUGCCGAAAAUUCCUCCAGGAACAUCGUCAGAUUUAUCAAACUUAUUGUUUGGUCUUCUCAAGAGAAAUCCAAAAGAUAGAAUAUCAUUUGAGACCUUUUUUGAUCAUCCUUUUUUAAGAAUGAAACCUCCACCAGUUACUAUGCCGUCUCCACUUGCUAACAGCCCCAAAACGCCAUCUGGAUUUGAUCAAGGUUAUCAAUAUUCCGUCAGUCCUGAUCUUUCUGAUGAAUAUGUAAUAGUGCCUUCAAACAUACCUGCAUACCAUCACGAGAAAGACAUAAGUGCUAGUCCUCCAAGACCAAGUACACUUUCAAUACAAACUCAACAAGAUUACAAUAAUCCACGAUCUCCAUUGAGAUCUGUACCUAGAUCUCAGCCGAUUACAAUGAAUCCAAGAACUUCAAAGAAUAUAUGUGGGCCAGAUUUUUCUUCUAUAUCUCCACCAUCAGUUCAGUUUAUGCUCGGAACUCCUCCAUCAGGAAGAAGAAUAUCAGAAACGCCACCAUAUAAUACAUGGAACUUUACACCAACAAGUUCUCCAUUAAAGAAAUCGGUUCUAAGUUCGCCAAUUUUGAACACACAACAAUUUACAUUUAACACAAACCAAAAAAUAGGAACAGUCGGCCUGCCUUUCAGUAAUAAUAACCGCACUAUGACUUUGCCUGAACUUGGAAAUAUAACUUUUCCAGAACUUCCGCAAGAAACAAUAUUAGAAAAAGAACACAUAGAAACAUUAGCCAAACUUAAUUUUGUAUUGGCAUUGGUUGAAUGCAUUGUUGAAUGUGCUUCUCCUAAAAGACCACGUUAUGAACGAUUAGUGCUUUUAAUCAGAGCAUUACAAUUACUUAGUUCUAGCUUAAGUAUUGCUACGUCGGAACUCAAAGCUGGUCGAUUACAACCUUCGACAAAUGUUAAAAAUGUGGUACAACAGCUUAAUGAAACUUUUCAUAAAGUUUUGGACGACUGUAAACAAAUUAAUGUACCAAAUAUGCUACACAAUACAUCAUCAUCUACUACAACUGCUGAGAAGUUAUUGUAUGAUUAUGCUGUUGAAAUUUGUGCAAAAGCAGCAUUAAAAGAACUGGGCAACACACCAUAUGAUUAUUUUAAAUCUUAUCAGACAGCUCAAAUACUCUUACAUAGUUUAUCCCAGCAAGUAAACUCUCCAAGCGACAAAGAAAUAUUAACACGAUAUCGAGAUGCAGUAGAAAAAAGAUUGUCUAUAUUGCAAGACCAAGGUUAUGUUUACUCAAAUACGGUUAACGGCAACAAUUCAACUUAAUUAACUGAUAAAUGAUAAAAAUGUGCUUACUAAUUCUUCAGAAUGUUCUAGUCCU